AUGUUAAACUCAAACGAAUGUGUUGACUCACACUCGACAAGAAACGAUGUCCUGAUAGUCUCUUGCCAUGGCCAUCUGAUCCCCAUGGUCGAUGUCACCACCGUCGCGGGCGUUGCUGUCACCAUCGUCACCACCGUCGCGAACGCCGCCCUCUUCCACAGCAAAAUCCACCGCCACUCCAUGUCGGGCUGCCAUAUCCGCAUCCACACAAUUCCAUGGCCGGCCCUAGAGGUUGCCGCCCAGCUUGGAAUCCGGCGGCUUGCUUUCAGCUCCGGUUUCUUGGCUUACUGUGGUGAGCAAUGUGUUAAAGAACACAAGCCUCAUCUUGAAGUGCAAUCCGACGAUGAUAAGUUCCAACUUCCGGGGUUGCCAGAUUUUGUAGAGAUGAGGAGGUCUCAGUUGCCAAGUUGGAUCACCAACCCCAAUGAAUUCUCACUAUUUCUUGGUGUCUGUAAGGAAUCAGAGAAACGAUGUUAUGGAAUGUUGAUGAACAGCUUUUACGAAUUGGAAAAUCCGUAUGAACAACACUUCAAUAAGGUAAUAGGGAUCAAAACAUGGAGCAUAGGGCCAGUUUCAUUGUUGGCAAACAAGGAAGCUGAAGAUAAAGAAUCUAGAGGAGGAAACCCCAACAUUGAAACCACUAACUUACUCCAAUGGCUAAACACCAAACAACCCAAUUCAGUUUUGUACAUUAGCUUUGGAAGCUUAAUCCGUGUGAAACCCCAGCAGAUUUCAGAGAUCGCACACGCCGUUGAAGAAUCUGCUCACAAUUUCAUCUGGGUCAUAAUAAAAAAAACAACGACCACGACCACGAAGAAGCAGCAACUAAUUCAGGCUCCACAGUUGAUGAUUUUGGAGCAUGAAGCUGUGGGAGGAUUUGUGACUCAUUGUGGUUGGAACUCAAUUCUAGAAGGUGUAAGCUCAGGCUUGCCAAUGAUCACAUGGCCAAUGUCUGCUGAGCAAUUUUACAAUGAGAAGUUGAUUGAUGUGCUGAAGAUUGGGGUCGGAGUUGGAUCCAGAAAGUGGUGGAAUUUGGGAGAAGAGAGAUCACAAGAGAUGGUUACGAGGGAAGAUAUUGGAAAGGCUGUGGCUUUGUUGAUGGGUACAAGCGGUGAGGCAGUGGAGAUGAGGAGGAGGGCUAGAGACAUGGGAGAGGCAGCAAAGAGAGCUGUGAGUUGUGGUGGUUCGUCUCAUAUGAACUUGGUCUCUUUGGUUAAAGAGCUUCAAACAAUGAAACUUAAUUGUGGGGUGUGA